GUGACUUUCGCAUGCAACUAUUUUGUUUUUAGCGUCGUAUAUGCGUUUCUCAGAUGGAUACUGAAUCGAUAUCAAGUAGUAUCUGUCAUAUGGAUAUCUGUUUGCCAAUUCCUUUGACAUGUCAACGUUUUGGUGUAUAUUUGCCAGCACCAAUUUCAUCACCUGAUUUAACUCCUUUAACAAGUCCACUAACAAAUGAUUCUACAAAUCCAGACAAUAAUUCAAAGUAUACUAAUAAUCCUUGUAUUUUACAAAAUGGACGUGAAACCCCUGAAGGUUUUACACUUCCAUAUAAUAAUUUAGAAAACUUAUCCACUAGUGAAUCAGAGACAUCAUUCCUCUCACCUACACCGAUUAAGUUUAUGCAUUCAACGAUUGUAGGUGAUUGUAUAAGAAGAAGUGAAAGUUGUAUUACAAAUGCUAAAUCAUCUAUUGACCUGAGCACAGAUGUGAAUAGAGGAAAAUGUUUCACUUCUAAUAUGAAUAGUUUACCAGCCACACCUACACCAACGGUGUCCAAACAAGGAUUCCCGCUACAUGUUUCUGAGAUAGAAGAGAAUAUUUCCUCCAAUCAAACAUUGGGAUAUACUACUGAAUCAAAUGUACAGUUCGAUACAAUCCCUGGAAAUCUUGAUGUAUUAAAAUGGGAUUAUGCUGGAGAUUUAGCUUCAAAUCACCUGAAUGUUUCAAGAAUUCAUUCACGUUCCAGUCAUUCUUGUCGUCAUUUAAAUUAUAAUGAUUAUGGAGAUUCUGAUAUCAGUGUUGCACUAACCUGGCCAUCAUGUGGUACUGCCUAUUUAUCUUCUACUUCAAAAUACAGUUAUUCUCAUUGUAGAAAGCGUAACUUUACUACAAGAAUCAAUCACGAUGAUCUCUGGUAUGAUGUAUCACGAAAAAAUAAACCUGAUGUACGAACAACGUUGUCGGCGGCAGCGGCGGCGUCAGUAACAGCAGCAGCUUCAACUAGUGUAAUCCAUCAUAGUUCAUUCAUUUCCAGUCCAGAUCCUGAAGAUGAUUUAGUGACCAAUAGUAUCCUACAACCAUUGGAAAAUUCCGACACAGAGUUUAAUCCUAUUCUGCAUAAUCAAUCAUUAAUAACUUUUUCUGAUAAUAUUCACUUAUUUGAAGAACUCGAAAAUGAUCAAGAAGUCAAGAGGAAAUUUAGUCAAUCUAGUCUAAAUGAGCAGAUGACUACAUAUCAUCAUAACAAUAUUGAAGUAAUGCAAAGAAGUGAUUUAUAUCAGAUUUGUUUAAACACAAGUCAAUAUGUUUUAGAGUUGAAAAAUCAUGCUGAUCGUGUAUUGAAAGCUACAUUAGCAGCUGAAAAGUGUCUUCAACAACGUCUUAAUCACUUAUCAAUUAUUAUAGAUAAAAAUGUUGACAAUACAAAUGUAGUAGAGCAUAGUAAAGAGAAAUAUUUGCAAAAUGAACCACUAGAACCAUGUAGUCGAACAACAAUAACUUCUCAAUCGGUUGAAAUUGAUGCUCAAGUUAUUUCAUCUAAUGACUUACGUCUCCAGGAAGAUAAUCGUACAGAUAAUAAUGAAAAGCAGAAAACUUUACGAGAUUGUUCAAUACAAAUCGACUAUACAAUUGCAGAUGGUGUACAUGUCGACGAUAACGAUGAGCAUACUGAGAAAAAGUUACUGACACAUCAGCAACCACGGCAAGAUCAACGGAAUGAUUCAUCCUCAUUAUGGACUACAUCUGUUUCAGAUAGAACUGAAAGUGAUUCCUUCUAUCAAAGAAAACAUCACAAUAAGACAGUAAUAAAACAACAGUUGUCAACUCGGUCAACAAGUUUACCACAGUUACCAAUUGAUAAUAUCAGUGAGAUGGGAACAUUUUCUUGUUUAACUCCAGAGAAUACGAGUUCUGUUGAUGGAGUUAUUCAUACACCUAGACAAGAUCCAACCAAUUAUUCCGCUAUUACUACGAUUACUCCAAUGAAUGCAGAUCUCCAGUAUGAAAUUAGCUGUGAUAUAGAAAUGAAGAGUUGUCAGAGUAGUACUAUUGAAGAUGGAAAUUUCGACAGAGAAAUGUUCACCUGUCGAAGUUCUGAUGCGUAUGAUCAUCUAGUAAUGUUAAACAAUGCUGAGUUAUUAACAAAUGAAACCUCAAUGCCUAUUCUACAACUUGCACAAGAAAUUGGAAAUCGUCAAACAUCAUUUCUAUGUGAAGAAGAAAUAAAAGAAGGUGCAUAUAAAACUGUCAAUAAUCCAACUGGUCACAAUGUACAAUUAGCUAAUACGUCUGUAUCCUCUUACACCUCUGGAAGUCAAAUAAUCACCUCUUGUGACAUGCAACCGAUGGAGGCAUUAGCGUCGUCUUCUUCGGCAUUUCCUACAAUGGAUUUGUGCGAGUAUAUACCUUCACGUUACACUAGUUCCUCUUUAACUGCUUGUCAGUUAUUUACUUCACAUCAAAUUUGUCCGACUAGUGUAUCACAGUGGAACAAUACACCAGUGAACUAUACAGAUAUGAUAUCAAUCAAACAGAAUGUUCAGAAGUCUUCUAUCAAUUCAGUUGAACAGAACUCUGUCAAAGAAGAAGAUCUACUUGAACAAACUGAAUUCAAUGGCAUAUUGAAUAGUACUGCCCAAAAUGUACUUCAUACAACUACGACUAAUAAUUCAUGUCGUGAAACUGUUGUGCCAAUCUGCUGUAAUCGAAAGGAGAGCAGUCAGCCGUCAUCUGUAGCACAUUGUCAUCACAUUCAACCAAUAUUUACGCCUCAUUCUAAGCAAACAGUCGAAUAUUGUACAGUAUCCCUACAAACUAUGAAAAGUCAGAAUAAUGACAAUCAAUCAGAACGAAAACAGCAACAAGCCAAUCGUGAACUUUGUCCGACUAGAGAUAAUUUUUUGUCUACUUCAUCAGUAUUGACAAAUUCUAUUCCGAUCAGAAAACUUCCAUUGGCUCUACAUUCAGAGAUUGAAAGUGAUGUAGACAUCUGCAAAGCCCAGUGUUAUCCCAUAUGUUCAUAUGUUCAAUGUGUUAAUACUAUGGAGAAGUCAAGUACAAGGGCGGGUCAGACAGAAGGUUUAUCCGUUGAAAGUAUCGGUUCUAGUGAUGCGACGUACAGGAUACAACCAGAUGGUCGUAGCUAUUUGAAACCGACAAGGGAAAUCUCUCCUUCAAAUGUAUUUUGUCAAUUGAAUGGAUGUGAACUGAAGCCUUCGACUGUUACUCCAACUGACAAGACAAAGGUGAUUACAGAUUGUCCAACUUAUGGAAUUCAACAACCAGCUAACACUGCAACUAGAUCAACUCUUGUCACUCAGUUGAGAUAUACACUAUUAAAGCAAAAGUUGAAAUUACUACGUGCUCAAGAUGCAUACCACUUAAGACGACGUAUAGUGAAUCAUCUUGAAGAAUUUCUACAUCAAGCAGCUUCAUCAGAGACAUUGACCUUACCGGAUUCAAUGCCAGAUGACUGGGACACAGAUACACCUUCCAUAUUAACAGAUGUAUUCGAAGAAGAUGUCGAUUUGAGUGAACAAUGUGAUAACCAAUCUGUUGGUAAUAAAUCAAACACCAAACAGUCUGCACCACCGCAGAAACAAAACUGGCCAAGAACAAAACCGUCCAUUGACAAAUGUGGUACAUUUACUGACAAGCACUUAGAGAAUGAAGCACAAGUCAGUAAGAAGAGGUUGAUGAAGACAGCAGUGACCACUCAUCACGAUGGUCAUUGUUCCAAUGGGUGUCUAGAAAUGUCUGAAAUAAUUACUCAGAUACCCGACCAUUCAGGAACUACUCAGAUGCAAGUGAACUGUUCAUCUGGGCAUGAAGUUAAUUAUGACAUUGAUAAUCGACGAUUUACUGAGCUGAGGAGACGCGCUGAACAUCAGUUACUCGAAAUGUUGAUGAUGAACACAUUGAAUAUGAAACCGACUGUGUCUAAUUCACAUCGUUCAACUGGAUCAUUGAAAGCUGUAAAGUUUGGCAACAAUUUCUUUCUCAGACAAAAUGAUAUUCAUGAUGUAAAUUGUCAUAGACAUUCUAGUUGUCACUGUUCUGCAGAAAAUGAUGCCAAACAGUGUUGUAUGUCGAAAAGUAUUGUCGCUGACGCGUAUGCUGCAUCAGGUGGGAUAUCUUGGUUUCAACCAUUCUACGGUAGUCAUUGCCAUAAUGUCACGACACAAUCAUCAUCAAGGCAUAAUACAGGGAGAAAACUGAAUAAUAGUAACUGCGUAAUUGCUGCGUCUUCUAUGGAGCACUCAACAACAUGCAACUGUUGUAUUUGUAUGCGUUGUAAAGAUGGAGAAAAUAAAUUGCGUACCGUAAAUUGUUCAGCCUGCCAAUCCUCCCACUAUCUUUUACCAUCGUCAUCCUCGCCAUCAUCAUCAUCAUCAUCACCCAGUAAUCGUGUGUUUGUUAAUCAUGAGGAGGUGAAAAACACGUAUAACUUGAAUGAGAUGUGUAAUUCAAGAGAGCAACAAUUUCAUGAUAAUCAGUCUAUUGAUACAAACUGGAAGGAGUCGGUUGUAAAAGAAGGAGCUGUUGGAAUAGAGAAAAAAGAUCCCUUUGUUCUGAAUAUCUGUUCUUUGUGUACACCUGUGAAUUAUGAACCAACAUCUAAAUAUGCUGCUGAUGGAAUGAAUUAUCAAGUAGUUAAUCAGAAGAAUUCUCCUAGCAUGUUAGCCUAUGAAAUCGGUGAUAAUUUUAUCGCCUAUGAAUGUACAAAUUUACAAACUCAUUUUCGAAACCGAAUGUCUCCAUGGAUAUCACGUUGUGAAGCACGCCAAAAGCGUUUACAUCUAGCCUCUGCUAAACGACGUCAUCAGAAAGCAAUGAAUAUGGAGUGUAAAGACAUUUUUCAUCAAAGAUUACUGGAUCAGUAUACCAAACGACCGAUUGCUUUCCAUUCGACCAAGGUGUAUGUAUGUCAUGCGUGUAGUUGCGAAGGUGGUUCAAGGUGGCGAGAUCUAAGCAAUUGUUGUGUACAUUGUUCCAGACGGUUAAAUAACUGUCAACCAACAUACACAGCUAGAAGUAACGGAAAUAAUUCUUCGAAAACUACUAACUCUCACCGGAGCUUAUUGAACUUUCCAAGUCAGGGAUCUGCUGUCACUGGUCAAUCUACUGGUAGAAGACAAACAGUGAAACGGGAUCGUAAAUCUAAAAUCUGUCAAAAUUAUUUACAAAAUCAACAGUAUAUAGAAGAGAGUAAAUUGGCUCAGUUACGUGUUAAUCGAUUGAGAAUGAAAAUCUACGGUGAAAAAAUUCUGCGUUGUGUACUUCAGCGACGUGGUGCUUGGUCGAUGACAUUUAAAGAGAUCUAGGCGAACUUGAUUUACUCUGAGAAGACUAAUGCUUUAUGUUUUAUGAUAUGUUGAUUGGACGUGUUGUCUCAAAUUCGGAAUAAAUACACCGGUGUUAGCUAUCCUUUUUGUUUCAUGUCUCUAUCCUCUUCUUCUUCUUCUUCUUCUUCUUCUCUAUUGCCGUUCACUUUUUUUAUUCAAUGUUUUGUAAACUUAUUAUAUACGAGGUUCUUUUGUCAUUUUUACUUCCUCAUUGUCAUAGUCUCCUCAUUCCUACUGUUAGUAUUCGGUGACAUGUUCAUCGAUCACAUAACUAACCUCUACGUCAUUUAUUUAUCACUUUCCAUGUGUGUGUGCGUGUGUGUGUGUGUGUUAUAUUAUUGUAUCAUCUUGGAAUUUGUGCUUCUGGGAUGCGAAUGUUUUAUUGCUGGUGAAGAUUUCAUGAAGUUGAAACACUUUGGUGCAAUUAAAUUAUGAUGAUUUCCUUAUGAAUAAUAAAUAAAUAAAUAACCGACGGGUAAAUACAGUUGUUAGUGUAUU